AUGGGUAGUAGUAGUACUGCAGCCAGCUCUGAUGGUGAGAACGCAGAGGAUAUAUACUACAUUGCUCGUGACAACCCUGUUAUCGGAUCUGCAGCUCUUGAGUCUCUGGAUUCUUUUAGUUCUGAAGAUUUUCUUUGUGAAGAUCCGUCUUUUCUCGAGAAUGCUUCGUUGAAUUUAACUCUUCAACAACAUGCUCCUUUGAUGGGUUUAGAAGUCAACCGUCAUAUGGCUAAUCUCGUGGAGACCAGACUAUCUUGGGAGAGGUUGGAUACAGCUCAUGCUCUUAUUAAGAAGUUGAUUCGAGAGAUUAACGAAGAAAAGGAGUAUGGUAGCAAACAAGACAAGAAGAAUGAAAAAUUGCGAAGUAAUGAAGAAUUGAACCAUUAUCUUCGUAUUGAAAAUCAAAAUCUUAAUAUCGAGCUUCAACGGGUCAACAAUUCCCUUACAACUUCAAGGAAUCUCCAUUCUACGUCUUUAAGCUUGAAUAAACGUCUUGAAGAAGAUAAAGGACGAAUAAUUAAUAUGAAGGACAAGUCUGAGAGUAAACUUCACAAAUCCCGUGGCUAAGUGGUUGGUCUAAAAGAAGAGAUUCAAUGUUUAAAGAGAAAAAUAGAGUUUCUUCUUGCCCAUUCAGAAAACCCUCAGCGCUAAAAGUCUGUUAAACCCUCCACUCAUGUUAACCGUGCCAAU